AAUACUCCAUUUCCAUUCAAAACUCGAAAGUCAUUAGUCAAUAUUCAACGCGCAAUGCAUUGAACCCAACGGCGGCCAUCCCCAUUCAUCUCUCGCUCUCAUUCUCUUCUCGUUAAUCAAUACCGUGCAUCAUCGCCGAUUCAUGUCCGCGUAGAUCGGAAAGUUGAUUCAAUCUUCACGUAUAUCAGCCUCCCGAUUGCCCCUUCCUUCUUCGAUUCUUGCUCAUCGGGUAAGAAUCCCCGAUUCCUUUAUCUCGCGCUGCCCCUGCAAAUAUUUUUUCUCUCUGCACUCUCUAGGAUCAAUUAAAAGCUGUUGCAGUGAAGAAAUGAUCAGUCAUGAAAUUAUAGAUAGGGGGAUUUAUUUUUAGUUUUGUAUGAAUUUAUUUAUUUAUUUAUUUAUCAAGGGCACCUGAUUGUGGUAGUUAUGGGGCAUUUAACAAUGUGGUGACCAUAUUUUGGUGGCAUUUUAGGGCUUCUCUUGUGUUAUGAUGUAUUAGGUUUUGUAGGAAUUUCUUCCCUUCUUUUUUUUUUUUUUGGUGUUUGGGAAUUUUGUAGAAAAAUAUGUCGUCUGCGGGUAUGCUAGCUAUCAGCACGGUUCGAGAAGAGCCGGUGGGAUUUCCGUUGCCUGUACAUUUUGAGGAGCCUAUUCUGAUAUAUGUGGCUGUGCCGGGCUCCAAGAUGCCAUUGAGGGUUCUGGAGUCUGAUUCAAUUGAGUCUGUCAAGCUUCGCAUUCAGACCUGUAAAGGGUUUGUGGUGAAAAAUCAGAAAUUGGUAUGUGGAGGCCGGGUACUAGACCGGAGCAAUUCCCUAGUUCGUGACUACGGGGUUACGGAUGGGAAUGUGCUGCAUUUAGUACUCCGCCUCUCUGAUCUUCAGGUCAUCAAUGUGACGACUUGUUGUGGAAAAGAAUUCACCUUUCAUGUGGAGAGGAGUAGGGAUGUUGGGUAUGUUAAGCGUCAGAUACAAGAGAAAGGUGGGUUAGCUGAGAUUGAGGAACCGGAAGUGUUCUGCAAUGGUAAACAGCUAGAAGAUCACAGGCUCAUACACAAUAUUUCCAAGAGCAGUGAUGCUGUGAUUCAUCUGUUUGUUCGGAAGUCUGCAAAGAUUAGGGCUAGACCCGUGGAGAAGAAUUUUGAGUUGUCUGUUGUGGCACCACAGCUGGGUGGUGUGGUCAAAGAAACUACAAGGGUGAAUGACACCGAGAAUAAGCUUAUUGUACCUAGGAAGCCUCCUGAUAGAGAAACGUUCUUGGAACCUUUCAUUGUUAACCCAAAGAUUGAAUUGUCAUCGGUGAUUCAUGAUAUGAUUGAUUCCACACGGGAAGGUUUGUACCAAGGAAAUUACCCUAUUAGGACGUCAGAAGGAACAGGCGGAGCAUAUUUUAUGCUUGAUGCAUUAGGAAGUACAUAUAUUUCAGUGUUUAAGCCAAUUGAUGAGGAGCCCAUGGCCGUGAACAAUCCACAUGCAUUGCCUGUUUCUUUUAGUGGUGAGGGCUUGAAGAAGGGGACAAGAGUUGGUGAAGGUGCAUACAGGGAAUGUGCUGCCUAUGUUCUGGACCAUCCAAAAAGUGGUAGGCGCUCAUUUUCUGGCCAGGUAAAUGGAUUUGCAGGUGUUCCUCCUACCACUCUUGUCGAGUGCCUUCAUAGUGGAUUCCAUAAUCCAGAAGGCUUAAAUAUUAAGCUUGGAUCAUUGCAAAUGUUUAUGGAGAAUGAUGGCAGCUGUGAGGAUAUGGGCCCUGGUAUUUUCCCAGUGGAGGAAGUGCAUAAAAUUGCAGUGUUAGAUAUGAGGCUUGCAAAUGCCGAUAGGCAUGCUGGAAAUAUAUUAAUGCGCAAACUUGAAGACGGGCAGACUGUGCUCAUUCCCAUUGAUCAUGGUUACUGCUUGCCUGAGAGUUUUGAAGAUAUCACAUUUGACUGGCUUUACUGGCCACAAACACGUAAGCCAUUCAGCUCUGAAACUCUGGAUUACAUAAAAUCUCUUGAUGCCGAGGAGGACAUUGCGUUGCUGAAGCACUACGGAUGGGAGUUGCCUCUGGAAUGUGCCCGAACACUUUGCAUAUCUACUAUGCUUCUGAAGAAAGGCGCAGAGAGGGGGCUGACACCAUUUGCCAUAGGCAGCAUCAUGUGCAGAGAAACCUUGAACAAAGAAUCUGGAAUUGAGAAGAUUGUUCAGCAAGCACUGGAUUCGAUGCUUCCUGAUUCCAGUGAAACUGCGUUCCUCGAGUCUGUCUCGCAGAUAAUGGACCAAUAUCUUGCUGAGAUUGCCUGAUAAGGUUUCCGACUAAAAACUAUGGGUACGUAUGUGUUUAUGUACUGUACAUUAUUGGGGUGAUUAUUAUUUGCUUAUAACUCUUGAAAAUAGAUUAAGAGAUUACAAACAAGUUGUUAGUAAUCUCAAAAAUCUCUUUGUUAAUUUGUUAUGCUUGCUCCUCCUCUCAAGAAUAUUCGAAAGAGUUUCAAAUUUCUAAAGUUCCAAUAAUGUUUAUGCUUUGUUUUGAAAUUUAAA